AUGAGCAUCAGGUCCCAGCCUUUACAACCGCUUAACAGCGGCCACCUCAACAAGGCUACCAACUUGACUCCUGUCAAGGCCUCCAGAAGGAAAGAAUACGACCUAUACCACAACCAGAACUACCAGGCUCAACAACAUCAUGCCCCGGCACAAGCCCAAGUCCACCACCAGAUGCCUGUGCAAUCUAAUUUGGAGGCCCAUGUUCAGCAACAAGACAAACCCAAGAAGAAGAAGGAAAAGCUUUCUGCCCUCUGCAAGACUCCGCCAUCCAUUGUUAGAACUAGAAGCGGCAUUGACUACCGUAGAGGCAACUUCUUGGGCGAAGGUGGUUUCGCCCGUUGUUUCCAGAUGAGAGAUGCUCUGGGUAAGAUAUAUGCUGCUAAAACGGUAGCCAAGGCGCUGAUCAAGAAUGAAAAGACCAAGACCAAGCUUUUGCUGGAAAUCAAGAUCCACAAGUCGCUUAAGCACUUUAAUAUUGUGAACUUUGUGGACUGUUUUGAGGAUGAUGUGAAUGUCUACAUUUUGUUGGAGAUCUGCCCUAACCAGUCUCUUAUGGAGCUUUUGAAGACCAGAAAGAGAGUUUCCGAGCCAGAGGUUCGUUACUUCAUGGUCCAGAUUGUCGGCGCCAUCAAAUACCUCCACUCUAGAAGAGUUAUCCACAGAGACUUGAAGCUUGGAAACAUCUUUUUUGACCCAGACAUGAACUUGAAGAUUGGUGACUUUGGCUUGGCCUCCGUCUUGCCUAGCAUUGAGUCUAGAAAAUACACCAUCUGUGGUACUCCAAACUACAUUGCACCAGAAGUUCUCGGUGGAAAGACCACCGGCCACUCCUUUGAAGUGGAUAUCUGGGCCAUUGGUAUCAUGAUGUACGCCUUGCUUGUUGGAAAGCCUCCAUUCCAAGCCAAGGAUGUCAAUGUCAUUUACGAACGUAUCAAGAAAACCGAUUACUCGUUCCCUCCUGACAAGAAGAUUUCCGAUGAAGCCAAGCAGUUGAUCCAAGACUUGUUGAGCUUGAACCCAUUGAACAGACCAUCUAUUCACGAAAUCUUGGACUACCCAUGGUUCAAAGGUCCUUUCCCUAAUAAGACUACUGAGGACGCCUUGACGGCUACUCCUUACGGUGUUGGAGAGGUUUCCCGUGCCCAAAGUGCCCUCAACUUUGCCAACGCUAAAACUAGAGCUGGUAUCUACACCCCUAAGACCAAGAACCCUGUGGAGAUUUUGAAGCUGGACUUACAGUCAGACCAACCACGUACGGUCUUGCCACAAUCGUUGUCGCCAGGUGACACCCGUCUUAAGUAUCAGGAAGUUGCUGUGCCAACCACCUUGAUGAGCUCCCAAAGAAGUACCAUGAGAAAACUCAAUUUCCACUCGAAGUUCAACAAAACCAUUGUCAAAUUGGAUCUUUGUCUUCAGGAAACAGCCGAUACAAUCCGCCGUCUACUGGAUCUCACUAGAGAGAGAUCCAAGUUGGAGUUGGACGUCAGAGAACUCCCCACAUGUGAGAACCCAACACUUAUCUCCAAGUGGGUUGACUAUUCCAACAAGUACGGCUUCUCGUACCAAUUGAAUAACGACGAUAUCGGCGUUCUUUUCAACGAUGAAAACACGAUUCUCAAACUUCACGACAGCGACUCUUUCUUCGAGUUGAUUUACCACGAGAAAGAGGGCUGGGCAUGCAUUGAAAGCUCAGUAUCCAACCCACCAGCACAGGCAAAGAGACAGCUUGAAAUCGUCGACUUCUUUGCCAAGUACAUGAACACCAACUUGUCGAAGGUCAGCGAAAACGAGCUGCGCAAACAGGUUGUAUUCUUAAGGCGAUACACCAGAAACAGCGACUACAUCAUGUUUGAGAUGACCAAUGGCAACUUCCAGUUCAACUUCAAAGACCACCAUAAGAUUUGCAUUUCAAAGGGCGGGCUAGCCAUAUCCCAUGUUCUGCCUAAUAGAGUGAUCCAAACUCAUCCACUAGUAUUGGUGUUGAAGCAGGGCAAUUUCCCUCAGACCGAGGUGCCCCACUGUUUGGAGAAGAUAGCCAUGAUUGAAAAAGCCAUGAGGGACAAGAUUCCCAACUAA